CUGUGUGUAUUGCGCAUGCGUGUGUCAUGAUCGCAGCAUUGGGAGCGUCUGAGCCGGAGAAGUUUUAAUAAUAGAAAUGGGCUUUUAAAGCGUCUUGGUUGUAAGCUCGCAGCUCCGGGUAGAGAGAGUGUGGUUCACAUAAAGAAGAACAGCAUGACAGCCAACGAGGAUCAGGAGAUGGAGCUGGAAGCUCUUCGCUCCAUCUAUGAGGGGGAUGAAUGUUUCAAGGAGAUCAGUCCAGUCUCUUUCCAGUUCAGGGUCGGAGACCUCGAAGACAGCAAAGCUUUCAUUUUGGACAUCACGUGGCCUGAGACAUACCCAGAAACGGCUCCGCAGAUCUCCCUUGAAGCUUUUUUCAACAAUAGGAUCUCAGCAGAGACGAAGCAGCUGAUCCUGACAAAGUUGGAGGAGCAGGUGGAGGCUAACCUGGGAACUGCAAUGAUGUACACUCUGUUUGAGUGGGCGAAGGAGAACCAGGAGGCCCUUAUGGAGAACCACAAGUCUGUAGUGACGGCUGUGACGGUAACAGCAAUCAGUGAGGUGACGGCGCCCUCCUCAGUAGCCAAAAAGAAGGAAAAGAAGGAGCAGCUGACUAAAGCCCAGAAAAGAAGGAUGAUCAGCAAAACAGAUCACCGGGGGGAGCUGCCCAGAGGCUGGAACUGGGUUGAUGUAAUUAAGCAUCUUAGUAAAACCGGAGGGAAAGAGGAUGACUAGGCCUCGAGCAGCGUGUCCUGAUGUCAUCUAGAUGCCUUUGAAUCCAAGCCCAGCUACAUGCUCCACUCAACAUGACUGCUUCCACAGUGAGAACCAGAGCGGGCUGUGAAACUGGACACACACAACCCCAUUUAGACUGUGACUGGAGGCUGAAGCUGACCAGAAGGCUUUGCUGUGUUUCCCACUGCCAGUGCAGUCAUGGCCAAAUGUUUUAGUAGUAGCCCCACUGCCAAGAGUGAAUUUUAAUUUGCCAAUAAAUGUUUUUGAAACUUA